AUGGGCGAGCUGCCGGCCGGGGGUCGGAAGAAGAGGCGGAAGCGGGGCGGAGCCGCGGUCGGGGCAGGAGCGCUUCCGGCGCGGCGUCUCCAUGGCACGUCCCUGGCCUCCGACUUGCACGACGACCUGAGGAGGCGCUUCUGGGCGCAGCCGUGCCGUUCCUGGUUUCCAUCGUGUGGAAAGAACGGAGUAACAAGUCUCACGCAGAAAAAGGUCUUAAGAGCACCUUGUGGCCCACCCAGUGUUACCGUGACGAAGCGCACCAUGAAGGACCGCUCCUCAACUCCCCCCUUACAUGUCCACGUGGACGAGAACACCCCUGUCCACGUGCACAUAAAAAAACUCCCGAAGCCAGCAGCGGCCGGCAGCCAGAAAUCUCAUAAGCGAGGAAUGAAAGGGGACACCGUGAAUGUGCGGCGGAGUGUCCGGGUGAAAACCAAGGUACCUUGGAUACCCCCUGGAAAAGCAUCCACUCAGCAUGUGGGAUGCAAGUGGGAGAAUCCACCUCACUGCCUGGAGAUCACGCCGCCGUCUUCAGAAAAGCUGGUCUCCGUGAUGCGCCUCAGUGACCUUUCCACCGAGGAUGACGACUCGGGUCACUGUAAAAUGAACCAUUAUGAUAAGAAGAUUGACAGUCUAAUGAAUGCGGUUGGUUGUCUCAAGUCUGAGGUCAAGAUGCAGAAGGGGGAGCGCCAGAUGGCCAAGCGGUUCCUGGAGGAACGGAAGGAGGAGCUGGAGGAGGUGGCCCACGAGCUGGCCGAAACUGAGCAUGAGAACACAGUACUCAGGCACAACAUCGAGCGCAUCAAGGAAGAGAAGGACUUUACCAUGCUUCAGAAGAAACACCUCCAGCAGGAGAAAGAAUGCCUCAUGUCCAAGCUGGUGGAGGCGGAGAUGGAUGGCGCAGCGGCUGCCAAGCAAGUUUUGGCUUUGAAAGAUACCAUCGGGAAGCUGAAGACGGAGAAACAAAUGACCUGCACGGACAUCAACACGCUGACGAGGCAGAAGGAGCUUCUCCUUCAGAAGUUGAGCACGUUCGAGGAGACCAAUCGCACCCUCCGAGACCUGCUGAGGGAACAGCACUGCAAAGACGACUCUGAUAGGCUAAUGGAGCAACAAGGAGCGCUAUUAAAACGGCUGGCCGAGGCAGACACAGAGAAAGCGCGUCUGCUGUUACUGCUGCAAGAUAAGGAUAAGGAGGUGGAAGACCUUCUCCAGGAGAUCCAGUGUGAGAAGGCUCAAGCAAAGACUGCGGCUGAGCUUUCCAAGUCCAUGGAAUCCAUGCGUGGACAUUUGCAGGCACAGCUGCGCUGCAAGGAAGCCGAGAACAGCCGCCUGUGCAUGCAGAUCAAGAACCUAGAGCGCAGUGGUAACCAGCACAAAGCCGAGGUGGAGGCAAUCAUGGAGCAGCUGAAGGAACUGAAACAGAAAGGGGACCGGGACAAGGAGUCCCUGAAGAAGGCCAUCCGUGCCCAGAAGGAACGAGCUGAGAAAAGUGAGGAGUAUGCCGAGCAGCUGCAUGUGCAACUUGCUGACAAGGAUCUUUAUGUUGCUGAAGCUCUAUCCACCCUGGAAUCAUGGAGGAGCCGCUACAACCAAGUUGUCAAGGACAAGGGAGACCUCGAGCUGGAGAUCAUUGUCUUGAACGACCGGGUGACAGACCUCGUUAACCAGCAACAGUCCUUAGAGGAGAAGAUGCGAGAAGACCGAGACAGUCUGGUGGAGAGACUACAUCGCCAGACUGCCGAGUAUUCUGCGUUCAAGCUAGAGAACGAGAGGCUGAAGGCUAGCUUUGCCCCAAUGGAGGACAAGCUUAACCAGGCGCACAUGGAGGUGCAGCAGCUGAAAGCAUCCGUCAAGAACUAUGAGGGCAUGAUUGACAACUAUAAGAGCCAGGUAAUGAAGACCAGAUUGGAGGCUGACGAAGUGGCAGCCCAACUGGAACGUUGUGACAAAGAGAACAAGAUCCUUAAAGAUGAGAUGAACAAAGAAAUCGAAGCGGCUCGUAGGCAGUUCCAGUCCCAGCUGGCUGACCUGCAGCAGCUCCCUGACAUCCUGAAGAUCACUGAGGCAAAGCUUGCAGAAUGCCAGGACCAGCUGCAGGGCUACGAGAAGAAGAACAUCGACCUCACGGCUAUUAUCUCCGACCUGCGCAGCCGGAUCGAACACCAGGGGGACAAGCUGGAGAUGGCGCGAGAGAAACAUCAGGCCUCCCAGAAGGAAAAUAAACAACUGAGUCUGAAGGUGGAUGAACUGGAGAGGAAACUGGAGGCCACCAGCGCCCAGAAUCUCGAGUUCCUCCAGGUGAUUGCUAAGAGAGAGGAGGCAAUCCACCAAUCCCAGCUGCGACUGGAGGAGAAGACGCGAGAGUGCGGGUCGCUGGUGAGGCAGCUGGAAAAUGCCAUUGAGGAUGCCCGCAGGCAGGUGGAGCAAACCAAGGAGCAUGCGUUGUCCAAGGAGCGAUCAGCCCAGAACAAGAUCCUAGACCUUGAGACCCAGCUGAGCAGGACCAAAACGGAAGUGAACCAGCUGCGGCGGAGUUGGGAUAAUGUGGACAAGCGCUACCAGAGCCGGCUGCAGGAUCUGAAGGACCGCCUGGAGCAGUCAGAGAGCACCAACCGCAGCAUGCACAACUACGUGCAGUUCCUCAAGUCCUCCUAUGCCAACGUGUUUGGGGAUAGUGCCUACACUAGCUUCCUCACCAGCUCUCCCAUCCGCUCCCGUUCACCCCCUGUUUAAGGCUGCUUUGCCUGGCCUGGGAGCCUGGGUGGAAGUCAUGGGAACUAGGAGCUGCCAAGCUGUCCUGAGGGUCUGCUUGGUUUCCUCUCUUGUCCAACAAGGAAGUGCCAUCAGGGUCUUGUCCUUAGCUCAGGGCUCCAAAAAACAAAGUCACUGGGAGGAGGUAGGAAGCAGCAAUGUUCUCUCCUCUCAGAAGGACCUCACUGGAUGCCAGUUUCCAGUCACUCUGGCUGGCCUCUUUCGGUACCCAGUUCCAUGCCCCUUGAGGCUACUGAAUGGACCCCAGCACAGGUUAGCAUGAGGCUUUUUACUCCUGUGCUCUUACACCCUCUUUUUAGGAACCUUGGGUGCUCUCUCAUCCUAGCCCUGAGCCCUUCCUCCACCCCCAUGGACCCUGAGGGUGCUCCAUUUUUUUCUUGGUCCAUGGAGGUUUUGGCUUUCCUUAAAGCCACUCUCAAUCACUCAGGUGCAGCCUCUCUGGCUCACAUCUCCUUGAGACCCCUUGUCUUGAAGCACUUCAGAGGAUGCUGGAGGCCCCUUGUCUAAGUUGACUGUGUUGACUGUGUCAAAGGUGACCCCAGUGUAACCUUUGCUCUUUCAGGUUCAUGCCUGUGGAAUGCAUUUAUUCUUGGAAUUUUUGGUGUUUUUCAAAAAGCUUUUUGAAUCAAUAUUUAAGCCUUUAUUGAAUGAUUCCUCUUAGCCACAUGCCCCACAUGCCCCUCUUCUGAAAAUAAAAGAAUUGGUAGUGGGAGAGCCAAUGAAUGUGGAAGUACCCGGUGAGGUUAGGUGCUUGGAACAUGAGAUUUCCUAUGGGCUUUGCUACUGCUUUCCCAUCUGUGUACAUUUGCCUCCCAAUCUCUGAUUGGAUGAGAGGACCCAUCCUCACAGGAUCUUUUGAGUCUAAGACCCAGUAAGCUCUUAGGGGGAAGAUGGAUGAGUAUAUAUUACUAUUUUAUUAUUUUCUUAAAUCAUUCAAAAAGGCCAUUAUCAACAGUGCUUGGAGGGCCACUUUGGGACAUUACAUGAAGAACCAUACAAUGGUGAGAAUUGUAUACAAAGUUGGAGCACCAGCCCUUGAAGCAUCUCCCUGGCCCUUCAGUAGGAUUCAGAAUACUAGUUUCUGGGGCCAGAGAUUGCACAUGUCUUGCCUUGCACAUGAUCAACUCAGGUUUGAUUUCUGGCACUUCAGGGUGCCAAGUCCUGCCUGGAGUGAUCCCUGAGCACAGAGCCAGGGGUAAGCCUUGAACACUGUUUAGGUGUUGCCUGCAAACAAAAGUAUAUUCAUUUCUAAAUGAUAA